AUGCGAUCGUGUAAAUGCCGGUAUUGCAAAAUACGUAUUGACCGGCUGGUUCUGUGGACGUUGGUAAAUAACGAUUCAAUUUUCUUGACGCCAGUCGUGGACCAACUCCGAAAUCUACUGGAUGCAAUCGUAGGGCUCGUCGAAUAGAAAUUACAGUUCGAAUCUUAGUUCACUUCGUUAUUAUGGCUAUAAUUCUGGCGGCGAAUCGGUAGCAGAUGCAUCCAUCGACAAGUUUUUGAGGUUUGAAAGCACGGUUGAAAGUUGGAAUAAACAAAACAACAGAAAGAAGAACCUUGUAUUUGUAAAUUAAUCAGCGGUCGUUAUGACGCAGGAAACACCAGCAGUUGCUAAUCUUCCAUGGGUCGAAAAGUAUCGGCCAACAAAAUUAGAAGAACUUAUAUCGCAUGAGGAGAUAAUAAAAACAAUCAACAAAUUUAUCAAAGAGGACCAGUUACCUCAUCUUUUGUUUUAUGGACCACCAGGAACAGGGAAAACUAGUACCAUACUAGCAUCAGCUAAACAGCUCUAUACUCCGGCUCAAUUUACUUCGAUGGUAUUGGAACUGAACGCUUCUGACGACAGAGGAAUCGGUAUAGUUAGAGGACAAAUUCUGAACUUUGCCAGCACACGAACAAUUUUCAAACACGGAUUUAAAUUAAUUAUUCUUGAUGAGGCGGAUGCCAUGACAAACGACGCUCAAAAUGCUCUUCGCAGAAUCAUUGAAAAGUAUACAGAGAAUGUGCGAUUUUGCGUGAUCUGUAACUAUCUAAGCAAGAUUAUUCCAGCAGUGCAAUCGCGGUGCACUAAAUUUAGAUUUGGUCCUCUGGCACCCGAACAAAUAAUGCCUCGUCUUGACUACGUGAUUGAUAAGGAAAACCUAACAGUGGAAGAAGACGGAAAAAAGGCGUUGAUGACGUUAAGCGGAGGAGACAUGAGGAAAGUCUUGAACGUACUCCAAAGUACAUGGCUUGCCUAUGGAUCGGUAACUGAGGAAACGGUUUACUCUUGCGUGGGACAUCCUCUUCCCAAGGACAUAACGAGCAUCGCCAAUUGGCUACUGAAUGAAAACUACGUACUCGCCUAUUGCAAAAUCCAGGACUUGAAAAUCAAGAAAGGAUUAGCGUUGCAAGAUAUUUUAACAGAGCUUCAUUCCUUUGUAAAUAAAAUCGAGUUUCCCGAUGGUAUACUCAUCAAUUUGGUGGUGAAAAUGGCUGAUAUAGAGCGAAGAGUCGCGACUGGAUGCACUGAGGCUGUGCAAUUGAAUGCUCUUGUUGCAGCAUUUCAAUGUGCUCGAGAAAUACAGUGUUAAUUUAGGCGAUACCGAACGAAGGUGCAUUCGUUAUUUCAAAUAUUGUGUCAUAUACUCGUUAAAAAAUUAGGAAAUAUACAUAUAUAUGAAUUUUGAUACAAAGAAACGAGAAAUAUUGGUCAUCGCUGCAAUUUGACAAAGAAAUCGUCAUUAGUUUUCGAAAAACUUGAGUGUUACCGGAGUAAUCGAUGAUUUUUGCUAAAUGAAAUUGUUUUUUGGCCUGUUUUACACACUUUGAAUCUGUACUAGAUUUCGUCAGUUAAUGUCAAUUUAAUCUAUGUGAAAUUCCGAUGAAAUAUCCAGUAGCAAGUCUCUCUACCUCCACUCCUACACGGAGAAGAUGAGAGCAUUUGGAACGGAAAGUACAGACGAGCGUAAUUAGUAAAUAGACAGUCGUCCUACUUUCCUGAAGCUUUUCCCGAGUCUUUGGUUCGGGACCGUCCGCCGGGUUCCGCUAACGGGCUUAAACCGUGUCCACCAUAUCUAUUUGCGUGUAACGUAGUACGUGAAAAUUAUCCACCGAGUGUAGAAUUUUCCGAAAGAAUCGAGCGGCAGAGAACCUAUUUUUAGCUCGGGUAGGCCGCAAUGAGUUACGUUCGGUGUAAAGAUUUUUCCGCAAUGCCGUAAUGAGGGGAAGUAGAAAAAAAAAAAAUAAAAAUGGGAAUGAAAAUCUCUCGCGCACACUGCACGACCCUUCGG